AGCCAUUCCUUGCAACCAAGAGACGGAUUCGCGCGCUCUCUGGUCGAUUUUGAGAUUUCCUUCGGAAGAUCUGUCGAGGUUGUGGGGUGGUGCCAUAAUCGUCGAGGUCGGAACAAAGCGGGGAAAUUCGGGGCGAUGGGACAUGGUUUUCGGGACGAGGAAUAUGCUGGGGAAUAGGGCUCUCUUGUCGCUAGCUCGAUGGGAUGGGGGAUUAAAAAGGAGGAGAAAUUAGGAACUUUAAUUUUAAGAAUGUGGUGAGGUGGCCGGCCGGGUUCACGACCGUGGUUGGACUUGUGCGCAGGGGAGGCAGAUUCCUCUCGGGCCCAGAGGCGAAGGCGCUGCGGUUGCUUCCAUUGGUCUGACCUGGCCGAUGGAUGGUCCCUCCCGGAGUCCGACAUCUGUGAUGCGGUCCGACUGAAGAAAUGCGCCUAUUAUAAGCCGGGCUUGCGUUCGAGCACCUCGCCACACACAUUGGCCCUGCUCGGUAGCUUUUGGGGCCUGUUGUAAGCGCACGAGGGAGCAUGUACACCGAAUUCGGGCUGGCUUCUGUGUCUCAGUGAUCUGCGGAGUCUCGAGGCGAAUUAUGCAAAUGCGGACUGGUCGGAGUUGAUAUAUAGAAAGGCGCAGAGCCUGCCCGUGGAGACUGAGUAUAUUGUAGCGAGGCCUGCCAGCUGAUUGCCGAAGUGAGUUUGUUCUGUUUUCUUCAAACUCGUUCUACUUCAGAGGAGACCGUGUGAAGCCAUGGCGAGAAAAACGUCUGAUGUGAUGGUGAAGGCCCUCGAGAACGAGGGCAUCGAGUACAUAUUUGGUAUUCCUGGAGAAGAGAAUCUCGAUCUUCUCGAUUCUCUGAAGAAUUCGACAAUCAAGCUGGUGGUAACAAGGCAUGAACAGGCCGCAGGGUUCAUGGCUGCAACAGUCGGUAGAUUGAGUGGCAAAGUUGGUGUUGCUUUGUCCACAUUGGGACCAGGGGCAACCAAUUUCGCCACAGCUGCUGCAUAUGCUCAGCUUGCUGGAUUUGCCAUGAUGAUGAUCACGGGUCAGAAGCCCAUUCGAAAAAGUAAGCAAGGUUCCUUCCAGAUCGUGGACAUCGUUGAAAACAUGCGCCCAAUAACGAAGUUUACGAAGCAAAUAGCAGACGGAGAACUCGUGACGUCGCUUGUAAGAGAAGCCAUAAGAGUGUCUGAAGAAGAAAAACCUGGAGCUGUACAUCUUGAAUUACCGGAAGAUAUAGCAGAACAGAUGACCGACGCUCAAGUAUUUCCAGUUCAUCCCGUGAGGAGACCGAUAGCAGAAGUGAAGGCUAUCCAGAAGGCCAUCGACAUGAUUGAGGCUGCCGACACUCCACUACUACUUAUCGGUGCUGGCGCCAACCGCAAAAGAACUCAGAAAAUGCUUCGAGAAUUUGUAGACGAACUUGGCAUACCCUUCGUCUCAACCCAAAUGGGAAAAGGUGUCGUUACGGAGGCCCAUCCAUUGUAUCUGGGUUGCUGUGCGUUGUCGGCCAAGGAUUACGAGCAUGUCUGCAUCGAGAAAGCCGACCUCAUUAUAAUGGUUGGGCACGAUGUUGUUGAGAAACCACCGUUUAUUAUGCAACAUGGAAAGCCUCCAUUGGUUAUUCAUAUCCACUUCUACACCGCGAAGGUGGACAAUGUGUACUUCCCACAGUUGGAAGUUGUCGGAGAUAUUGCCAAUACAAUCUGGCAAAUUAAGGAGGGUAUGAAGAAGCAGGAUCACUGGGAUUACACCUUCAUCCAUAAGGUCAAGAAAGAGUUGGAAGCGCACCUGCUUAUAGGUAUAGAUGACAACAGGUUUCCAUUGAUGCCACAGCGAAUUGUGCAUGAUCUCAGAAAGGCUAUGCCGGAUGAUGGGAUUGCGUGUCUUGAUAACGGAAUGUACAAGAUCUGGUUUGCAAGAUGUUACAAGGCUUAUGAACCCAAUACUCUGCUACUUGACAAUGCUCUAGCAACUAUGGGAGCAGGUCUUCCCUCUGCAAUGGCUGCAGCCUUACUAUAUCCAGAGAAGAAGAUCGUGGCUGUUUGUGGAGACGGUGGUUUCAUGAUGAAUUCUCAGGAGAUGGAGACUGCAGUUCGCUUGGACCUUAAUCUCACGGUUCUUGUCUUGAAUGACAAUGCAUAUGGCAUGAUUAAGUGGAAGCAGAAUGCCAGCCAUUUUGACAAGUUUGGACUGGAUUUGAAAAAUCCAGACUUCGUAGCCUACGCACAGAGCUAUGGCGCAAAAGGAUAUCGAGUAACUGCAGCUGAUGAGUUCUCCAAAAUUUUGCAAGAAUGCUUGCAUGGCUCCGAAAGAGGUGUCAAGCUUAUUGAGGUACCUGUUGAUUAUACGUGGGCUAACAUGAUUCUUGACAAAGAGCUGCCCGGAAUAAUCAAUGACAUAAUGCCAGCUACAAAACCGAGAAUCUCCUAUUCGCUAUCAAUGGCAUCAAAUGUACCACAAACGGUAGACGAAGUUCCAUCUCCAACACGGGGGACAUCUGCGACCCCAUCUUCAAAACUUGACUCGGUUAAAGCCGAGCAUCCACAGACUGUGGACGGAGUUGAAGAAUCAAGUGCCGUUUCGAAUGAGCAAGAAACGUUGGCUCCUGAUGUGGUAGCAAAAGAAGUCCCUGAAAACUUCGAAUCAAAGCAUGAAGAAUCAGAAGUGAAGUUGUAUCCAAUGUAUCUCGCCAACAGGGCCAUGACUCCCAAUUCGCAACUCGAAGUCAUCAAUAAGUACACAAAUAAAGUUGCAGCCCGAUGUGCUAUGGCUAGCCCAGCGGAUAUCCAUAAUGCAGUAGCUGCAGCUGAAAAGGCACUACCUGCGAUGGCUGCGAUGGCAAGUUAUGAGAGAAAAGCUGUACUGGAGAAGGUGGUGGAUGAAGUAAAAGCGCGUUUCGAAGAGUUUGCCCAUGCUUUAUGUGUGGAAGCCGGCAAGCCCAUAAGGGAUUCAAGAGGCGAGGUACAGCGACUUAUUGACACCUUCACGAUCGCAGCUGAAGAAAGUGUUCGCAUCUAUGGUGAAUAUGCUCCUUUGGACAUUUCAGAGCGUUGCAAAGGUUAUCAGUCCUUGGUUCGUCGUUUUCCUAUCGGACCAGUGAGCAUGAUCAGUCCAUUCAACUUCCCUCUUAACCUGGCUGCUCAUAAGAUUGCGCCAGCUUUAGCCGUUGGAUGUCCAUUUGUCUUAAAACCAGCCAGUCGCACACCUUUAGGAGCUUUACUUCUAGGAGAGAUUUUGUCACGCUGCAACCUACCCGAAGGAGCAUUCUCUAUACUUCCCUGCUCCAGGGAUGCCGCAGAUCUAUUCGUGACGGAUGAUAGAUUUAAAUUGCUCUCUUUCACCGGGUCUCCAACGAUUGGAUGGGAUAUGAAGGCAAGAGCUGGUAAGAAGAAAGUGGUCCUUGAACUCGGGGGGAAUGCAGCAUGUGUGGUGGAGGAUAUUGUACCCGAUCUUGAGACAAUCGUGGAGCGAAUCAUUCAUGGAGCAUUUUAUCAAAGCGGCCAGUCGUGUAUUAGCGUUCAGCGUGUAUAUAUUCGUGAGGAGCUUUACGAAACCGUAUCAAGCGCUUUAGUUGCAAAAGCAUCCACUCUUGUCAAGGGUGAUCCCAGUGAUGAGAAAACAUUUAUUGGCCCCCUGAUUUCUGAAUCAGAUGCAAAGAGAAUUGAAGGAUGGGUAAACGAAGCUGUUAAAGGAGGAGCUAGGGUUUUAACAGGGGGAAAGCGAGAUGGCGCUUUCUAUGACGCAACCAUAUUGGAGGACGUUUCACCUGAAGCACAGGUCCAUACCGAGGAGGUUUUCGGACCAACUAUGGAACUUGCAUCAUACAAAGAUUAUAAAACUGCAAUUGCCAACGUCAACCAAUCAAAGUUUGGUUUGCAGGCCGGAGUUUUUGUGGCUGACUUAAAUAAAGCUUUUUAUGCUUUCGAGCAACUAGACGUGGGCGGUGUUUGUAUUAACGACGCUCCGAGUAUGAGAAUCGAUUCACAGCCAUACGGGGGUGUGAAAGACUCCGGACUAGGACGAGAAGGUGUGAGAUAUGCCAUGGAGGAUAUGACAGAAUUACGAGUCAUGCUGCUCAGAAAUGCGGGUCAACUGGCAUGAAUUACAUCUUUGUCAAAUACAUAUUAUGAUGUCUUAAGGUACCGGAGUUGCAACUUUGAGACCAUACAGAGUUUAUCUGUUGUACAAUUGUACCUUUAGCUUGCAAUGAAUUUGUAUAUUCGUAGUAUUUAUUUGUUGUAUAAAUUCAUAUUCAAGUCAACAUGACGAUCGAGGAAGUAAAAUUCCCCAUGUUGGACGUUUCCCUUGAAUAUUGAAGCAAGAGUACUCUCUGUAAUUUAUUUUGACAUCAUAUCGUAACCUUUGGUUUAUGCGCUGUAUCAUGAGAUAGAAAUGAAUCAGUAUUUUCUCAGUUUCUAGUUAAAGAACAUUUGGUACAAUAGUAUCAACAGGUCAACGAAAUGAAUGUACUUUUUCCUGCAAAACGAAAAUUAUGUCUACCUGGAGAUGCGACUAUAUGCGUGUUGCACUUUGCAACAGAAUCUGUACACCAUUAUCCAUCUCCUUUAAAGUAAUUGCGCGGAGUUAUUGGUGAAAUUCGUCACAUGUUUAUGUUAGUUAUGAUUCGUGUUUGCGCAAGCGGAAGUAAAACUGAUCUAGAAGAAAUGAAUCGAAUGCAACUGGUAAUCGCAUUCAAAGAGAGAUCAGAGCAUUUAUGCUUCCUAUUCAA